UUGUAUUACGCAGUUUCAUUUUACGUUCUGCUUUCACAGCAUCAACUUCAUACAGACAUAAACAAAACAAAUAUUUUUGUCCAACGAAAAAAAAACUGAAAUAUAGAAUUCAGAAUGCUACAUCUGUUCAGAAACCCUUCAGUGAGACGCAACGCGCUGAUUGCCAGUCAGCUGCUUAGACGAAGCUAUGCCAAGGAUGUUAAAUUUGGCCCAGAGGUGAGGGCGAUGAUGCUGCAGGGCGUCGAUGUGCUUGCCGAUGCUGUGGCCGUUACGAUGGGUCCCAAGGGACGCAAUGUAAUCAUUGAGCAGAGCUGGGGAUCGCCAAAAAUCACCAAGGAUGGUGUCACAGUGGCGAAAUCAAUUGCCCUCAAAGAUAAGUUCAUGAACAUCGGUGCCAAGCUGGUGCAGGAUGUUGCUAAUAAUACCAACGAGGAAGCAGGCGAUGGCACCACAACAGCCACAGUGCUGGCUCGUGCCAUUGCCAAAGAGGGCUUCGAGAAGAUCUCACGUGGUGCGAAUCCCGUGGAGAUUAGACGCGGCGUUAUGCUGGCCAUUGACACGGUCAAGGAUAAUCUGAAAAAGAUGUCGCGUCCCGUCAAUACGCCCGAGGAGAUUGCCCAAGUGGCCACGAUAUCGGCGAACGGCGACAAUUCUGUGGGCAAGCUGAUCAGCAAUGCCAUCAAGAAGGUGGGACGUGAUGGCGUGAUCACUGUGAAGGAUGGCAAGACCCUGAACGAUGAACUAGAGGUGAUCGAAGGCAUGAAAUUUGAUCGUGGCUAUAUUUCGCCAUAUUUCAUCAACAGCUCCAAGGGCGCAAAAGUGGAAUUCCAGGAUGCGUUGCUGCUCUUCUGCGAGAAGAAAAUCAAGGCGGCCUCUAGCAUUGUGCCUGCUCUAGAGUUGGCCAACUCACAACGGAAGCCUUUGGUUAUCAUUGCCGAGGAUGUUGAGGGCGAGGCACUCUCGACCAUGGUUGUCAAUCGUCUGAAGGUGGGACUGCAGGUGUGUGCCGUGAAAGCACCAGGUUUUGGUGACAAUCGUAAGGAAAAUCUCGCUGAUAUGGCCAUCGCCAGUGGUGGCAUUGUAUUUGGAGAUGAUGCCAAUCUUGUGCGCUUAGAAGAUGUCAAAGUGAGUGACUUUGGACGCGUUGGCGAAAUUGUGGUCACCAAGGAUGAUACUAUGCUGCUGAAAGGUCAUGGCCAGAAGCCCAUGAUCGAGAAGCGUGUGGAGAAUCUGCGCGAGGCAAUCAACGAAACCACAUCGAACUAUGAGAAGGAGAAAAUGCAAGAACGUCUUGCCCGACUCUCCUCGGGCGUUGCUUUGCUGCGCGUCGGCGGUUCCAGCGAUGUGGAGGUCAACGAGAAGAAGGAUCGCGUCAACGAUGCCUUGAAUGCCACCCGAGCUGCCAUCGAGGAGGGAAUUGUGCCUGGCGGAGGCACUGCGCUGUUGCGUUGCAUUAACAAGCUGAAUGAUAUCAAAGGUGCCAACGAGGAUCAGAAUAUGGGCAUUGAGAUUAUUAAACGUGCCAUGCGCAUGCCUUGUAUGACCAUUGCCAAGAAUGCGGGCGUUGAUGGUGCCAUGGUCGUGGCCAAGGUGGAGAUACUUGACGGGGAUUAUGGCUAUGAUGCUCUUAAGGGUGAAUACGGCAACAUGAUCGAGCGUGGCAUCAUUGAUCCCACGAAAGUGGUGCGCACAGCCAUCAUCGAUGCGGCUGGAGUCGCCUCACUUCUCACCACUGCCGAGGCUGUUGUCACAGAGAUGCCGCUGGAUGAUGCCAGUCCAGCUGGUGGGAUGGGUGGCUUAGGCGGUAUGGGAGGCAUGGGCGGAAUGGGUGGCAUGGGCGGUAUGGGUGGUCUGGGCAUGUAAGCGAAGAUCAGACGAGUAUCUCGCAAUUCAGAGGUAGGACACUAGGUAGGAAUAACAGCAGACAAACUUCACACAGUACAACACAAAUUCAACAUUUGGUUUUUUGGAUCACUCUACGGAACGAAAACAUUUUAUGUUUACUGUUUACUAUUUUACACUUCGCUCAACAUUUUCGCCAUUUUAAUUGAGUAACAUAUAUUUGAAUGUACUCUGUAAUAAACAAUUUCAAGCUCCAGAA